UUGGGUCGAGACAAAAUAAUGACUUGCACUGACUUCCAAAAAAUGUGGAAAAUUUACAUUCUGCAAUUCUCAGUCUCACAAGAAGUGUUUUAGAUUUGAAUAUAAAUGGCAUUUGUAGGCUUCUUGUUUUCUCACACAAUUAGCACUCACAAUAUGGAUACAUUUUCCACCCUUCUUUUGCUUCUCAUAUUGUUUUCUUGUGUUAGCCUCUCUGCUGCACACAACAUAACUCAAAUCAAAAGUGAUGAAUCUAUACUUCAUGCCUUAAAAUCCCACAUCACUUCAGAUCCUUUCAAUAUGUUGAAAAAUAAUUGGACGAGUGGAACCUCGUUUUGCACGUGGAGAGGAGUUACUUGUGAUUCACGUCGUAGCAGGGUCACUAAAUUAAAUAUCUCUGAUAUGGGACUCGAAGGAAGCAUUCCACAGGAAAUUGGAAAUCUUUCUUCACUCGCUUAUCUUGAUAUGAGUGGAAACUCUUUUCAUGGUCGGCUACCAAAGGACAUUUGCAGUCACAAUAACCUUCAAAGACUCAAACUACUUAACUUGUCGUCUAACAAAUUGCAAGGAGAUAUACCGUCAAGUUUGUACCAAUGUCCACAACUUGAAAUUAUCGACUUUUCACGCAACAGCUUUGGUGGAUAUGUGCCUGCACAAAUUUCGAAUAUCACACUGCUUAAGGAAUUAGACCUUGGUGUGAACAAUUUGAGAGGCCGCCUACCAAAAGACAUUUGCUCACAUAACAACCUUCAAAGACUCAAACUACUUAGCCUGAGGUGGAACAAAUUGGAGGGAGAUAUACCAUUGAGUUUGGGUCAAUGUACACAACUUGAGAGAAUUGACUUGUCAUUCAACAACUUUGGUGGAAAUGUCCCUCGAGAAAUUGGGAACAUCACACAGCUUAAGGAAUUACACCUUGAUCAGAACAAUUUGAAAGGCCGCCUACCAAAAGACAUUUGCUCGCAUAACAACCUUCAAAGACUCAAACUACUUGACCUAUCGGAGAACAAAUUGGAGGGAGAUAUACCAUUGAGUUUGGGUCAAUGUUGUCACGACCGGCCUUAA